AUGUCUAACACAAGGACCAGUGGACCGGCGGGGUCAAACAACAACGAGAAGACGCUUGAAGGGGGUGACCUCGAGAAUAAUGGCGUCAAGAGUGAGUUACAGUUGGAAUCGACCGAAUCCGACAGCCGGAGGAAUUCUGCCACGUACAACACUUAUCGUCAGGACGCCGUGACCGGCUUGCCGAAUCAGUCGGCUAGUCGAGUCGAUCGUGUUGUGAGUCGUAUUGCAAGCAGAGUAACUUCGCGUUCUACCAUUGCACCUGGGCCACCACCCGAUGGCGGCUUGAGGGCUUGGUUAUGUGUCUUUGGCACCUUCCUCGUCGUUAUGAAUACAUGGGGCAUGAUCAACUCAUUUGGCGCUUUCCAGAGCUACUACAUUACACAACUCAACCGCAGCCCCUCGGACAUAUCCUGGAUCGGAUCCAUAGAUAUAUUUUUCCUCUUCUUCAUCGGCACCUUCACCGGCCGCCUCACAGAUGCGGGCUACUUCCGGUCCGUAGCGACAGUCGGCUCCGUCCUCGUCGUCGCCGGAACCCUGUCGGCGUCAGCAUGUACACAAUAUUGGCAGCUUCUGCUAGCUCAGGGGGUCUGCGUCGGCCUGGGAAACGGAUGCCUGUUCUGUCCCGCUGUUGCCCUCGUCUCGACGUACUUUGCCAAGCGACGCUCCUUUGCCAUUGGAAUCACGGCGUGCGGGAGCGGUGCGGGAGGCGUGAUCUUUCCUAUCGUUAUUCGGGAGAUGCUGCCGCGGGCCGGAUUCGGCUGGACGAUGAGGACGCUCGGGUUCAUCCAGGCCGCCGCGCUUGUCACCGCCCUCUUUUGCCUCAAGCCGCGGGUGCCGCCUCGUAAGACGGGGAGCUUUGUGGAGUUGGCGGCCUUCAAGGACUUGGACUAUUCGUUCUAUGCCGCAGGGGCAUCUUUGGUACGCGGAUCUCCCAUAACCUUUUCUCUCUUCUUGGCUUCCACAUCUCCCCUGCACCCUGAGUGUGUACUUACCUCUUCUGAAUUGCAGUUCUUCUGGGCGUCGUACAUUGUCUUCUUCUUCCUCGCUGCAUACGCACGCGACCUCCAGGGCGUCUCCUACGAUCAAUCCCUCGACCUCCUCAUGAUCACAAACGGCGUCGGCAUCGUCGGCCGCCUGCUCCUGAACCACCUCGCAGACCACGUCGGUAAUCUGACAAUGUUCGUCCCCACUAUCGGCGCCGCUGCGCUCCUGGCGUACUGCUGGGCGCCCAUCGCCUCACGGGCGGGUCUUUAUGUCUGGGCUGCGCUGUGCGGCAUCGCCCUCGGCGGCAUCCAGGCGCUCUUUCCCUCUGCGCUGGCGUCGCUGACGGCGGAUCCGCAGGAGCAGGGGGCGCGCAUCGGUAUGGUGUUCACGAUUGUGAGCGUAAGCGUGUUGACGGGGCCGCCGAUUGGCGGGGCGCUGAUUUCUGCGAUGGGGGGCCGGUAUCUGGGUGCGCAGAUGUUUGCGGGGAGUAGUUUGACCCUGGGGAUGGUGUUUAUAUUCUUAGCAAGGGAGGCGAAGCGGAAGAGGAUGGGAGAGUCGUUUUGGGCAAAGGUCUAGUACGAUAUUGUCCAUCUAUUCUCCAUCUAGAGCUAGAGCUCGAACUAUCAAGCUUCUUGGAUAUGUGUCUCGUCUCUUCUUUCGCUAGUGUCAGUGUCAGAAGCAAUGGAGACUUGGUGCGAUGCCAAUAUCAUGCCUUUAGGCAUUGCCCUGUCUGAGAUCAACUAAAGAGACACAUCGAAGACGGCCGGCGAUGAACAAUGAUGGUUGGGAGUGGGCGUCAAUGCUCCCAAAGACGGUAUGCUGGCGGCCUGUUGAAAUUCAAGUACGGGACCUCUGACCAUAGUAUUGAAGCUGCUAGGAUGGCAAGUCUCAAUGAUGUGAUGUGUUCUACUGGCACCACAGCUGAGAGCCAGUAUCGUAGAAACG